UUUCCAAAUCUAUUUCAGUGUUUACUUUCUAUAUAUACCUAAACAAUGGGAAAUGAGUUUGUGGGCGGGUUCAAAUUUCUUACACAUUCCAAAAAUUAUGUCACGCAUGAUGUAUUUAUAGGUAUAUAAUUGACAGUAUAAUUGUCAGUGCAGAUGUGCCAAAUGCUUCUAAAGUCAGAACCAAAAUACAUAUAUACACAAUUUUUUUCUCCCCUAAAUUUUCAGGUAAUGUAUCUGUUCCAUAUAAAUAUAAAAGCAUGAUAGGCUCUGUAUUUGUACAGGUGGCCGAUUAUCUCAGUGUGCAGAAACGUGGAUAACUACAACCAGAAGUUGCAAGCCCUUUCCUUUUCACUGCAUAGGAAUUCAGACCCGAGAUGAACUUUUUGGUCAAUCUCUUUUGGAUCUUACUAGGAUAGGAAGGCUGAGAGGGAAAUCCAGAAUCUUCACAAUGCCAGUAUGCAGGUAAGCGCACUUCUCGGCAAUCUUUCCCCCUUUUGUGCUCCUGGGAAGCGAUUUCACCAACUUGCUCUAAGUAGGUAGCAGAGUUGCAAACAGGGCGCAGUGCGACCAAAGAGUAUAAGCCAAUUAAGAAAAAGGUAUUCAAAUAUUUCCCUCUCUUCUCCUUUUCUGCUUCGAGUGGUACGCCUGUUUUAAGGGGGAAAGCGGAGACAUCUAUUUCUCGUUUCUUCUGACGCGAGAGCGGGGUUGCUUUUCCAAGUCGAGGCCGCUCACGGAAGAAGGCGCGGAAAAGGCGAAUGAUUCCAGGAAAGAACCGGCGCGCUCGGAGUUGCUAUAGCAACGCCCUCCUCGUUGGAAUUCACGGCAGCGCCGCCAUCACGGACCACGAGAGGGUGCCGAGGCCACGCCCUGACAGCGCAGCGGUUUGACAUUGCUGCGGGCUGGAUGCUAAGGUCGAAAUUGACAUUUAGCCAUGCGAGGUUAGGGAUUCCUCUUUUUUCCGCAGCACUCGGGAAUCAGCAGUCACGCGUCUAUACAAAGGUGAGGGAACAGAACACGGUGGAAGUGUGCAUCGCUGAGCUCAAAUGAUUCUAAGUGAGCAGCAGUCUGUGGAGGAAAAAUAAAGGGCCUGGUUUCAGAAGAUUAUGUCCGAAGAUUCAAAUAAGGACAAGCAAUACAUAGAACAGUUAACCAGUGAAAAUUACAACUCAGAUGAGGAUUCUUUUAUCCCAUACGUAACAGAAGAUCUUGAGCAGUGUGCAUUUGUCGCAGAUUCUUUUUGUGAUCAACUUUUGCCACGGACAACACAGAUUUUAUUGGAAUAUAACUCUGGAAAAUGGGUACCACGACUUCGUGAACCACGAGAUUUAUAUGGGCUUUCUCCUGCAGGAGAUCUGCACUUAGUACGCUGGCCACAUCAGUAUGAAGUUAUCAGAGAAAAAAUUAAGCAUAUUGAAUGGAUUCCAUCUCAUCCAGAGCUUCUCUACAAUCCCACAGGUUUAGAGAUCGAACCUCCAUGUCCAGAUCCAGGGGAAGGUGCUGUUGUGUAUUUAGCAGAUGAAGCCGAUAAGGACCCCAGCUUUAGAUAUUCUCGAAUAGGGGGAAGUUUCCCUUCAAAGCAAGUGCUUCCUCAAUCAUGGAAUGACUGGGAUAAUACUUUGAUCUUUGAAGCACGAUUUGAAAGUGGAAAUCUACAAAAGGUGGUCAAAAUUAAUGAUUUUGAAUAUCAGUUGACGCUGCGUACUGAUCUCUACACAAAUAAGCACACCCAAUGGUACUACUUUCAGGUUACCAACACCCAAGCAGGAAUGCCUUACCGAUUCACCAUUGUCAACUUCACCAAGCCAACAAGCUUGUAUAAUCGUGGCAUGCGUCCAUUAUUAUAUUCAGAAGCAGAAGCAAAGAUCCACAAAGUGGGAUGGCAAAGGACAGGAGAUCAAAUCAAGUAUUAUAAAAACAAUUUCAGCCAUGAUGGGCACCAAUAUUUUUCCUUGACAUGGACUUUCCAGUUUCCACAUGACAGGGAUACUUGCUAUUUUGCCCACUGCUAUCCAUACACUUACAGCAACCUGCAAGACUACUUGUCAGCCAUUGCCAGAGACCCACGGCGGUCCAAAUUCUGCAAAAUACGUAUAUUAUGUCAUUCUCUGGCUAGGAAUAUAGUCUAUGUUUUAACUAUUACUAAUCCCUUGCAAGAUUUUAAUAAGGAAAAAUGCAAGUCAGCAGUCAUUUUGACAGCAAGGGUGCAUCCUGGUGAAACAAACAGUUCAUGGAUGAUGAAAGGCUUUCUGGAUUACCUUCUAGGGGAUUCAGAUAAUGCCCAAUUGCUCCGAGACACUUUUAUUUUUAAAGUGGUACCGAUGUUGAAUCCAGAUGGUGUGAUUGUGGGCAAUUAUCGCUGCUCUUUAGCCGGCAAGGACUUGAAUCGCAAUUAUAGAUCAGAUCUUAAAGACUCUUUUCCUUCUAUUUGGUAUACCCGCAGCAUGAUCAAAAGAAUAAUGGAAGAGCGAAAUGUUCUUCUAUACUGUGACCUACAUGGUCAUAGCAGGAAAGAAAAUGUCUUCAUGUAUGGCUGUGAAAAAAAAGAACAAGAUGAAAGGGCAUGCUUACUCCAGCGCAUUUUUCCUUUCAUUAUGAACAAAAAUUGUCCAGAUAAAUUCUCAUUCCAAGAUUGCAGUUUUAAAAUACAAAAAGGCAAAGAAGGAACAGGUCGAGUAGCUAUGUGGAAGAUGGGCAUUAACAACAGUUAUACCUUGGAAGUAACCUUCUGUGGCUCUAAACUGGGAAAUAGUAACGCUACCCACUUCAAUACUAAAGAUUUGGAGUCCAUCGGAUACAAUUUCUGUGAUUCAUUAUUGGUGUUUUGUACUGAAAAGAAGAGCAAGUACAAUGAAUGCCUGAAAGAAUUGGAGGAACUAGUAAAACAGGAUGAUCCAGCUGCCUGUGUCAAUGAUAUAGGAGACAGAGGGGAUUCUAGUUCAGACAGUUCAGAUUCUAAUGAGUUUGCUGAUAAAACAGAAACCCAGACAAAAUCAAAGAAAAAAUAUUUGAAAGUAAAGAAGGAAAGAAGUUUUGUUUUGGAAUCCUCUGGAAGAAGAUAUUCGAAACAUUUACAUGAACCAGUGAAUGAAUCCAAAAAACAUGAAGACCCUUCUCGCAAAGUUUCCAAGACCCAAGAACAAAUAAUUAAAAAUGCCCAGGUUUUUCAGAAAUUAAAACUGAUGGAAUUACAAAACAUGGAAAGAGAAAAGUAUGAAAUUAACAAGCAGAAUGUAGAGACUUUUUCCAGAACAACAAAUGCAAAAAAGUCAAAGACUUUAGCAGGGGUUCAUGAAUUGUUUAAAGAAACUAGUUCCAUUUUAAAAAGUAAAGCAGAUCAAAUGGCUUUCCCCUCUAAAAAAGAUGCUGUACCUAAUGUGCCAAGUAAAUAUACUAUUCAGUAUCUGAGUCAUUAUUUCCCUGAGCAAGGAUUAAAUUUUGGAUGGGAUCUAGCCCAGCCUUUUAAGCACGCUGUUUCCCAGAGACUUUUCCUACCUCCUACUUCCCAUAACCAAAUGUGCAAUACACCAAGAAGAAAUAGUGCACUUCUGGAUUGCCGACUUCCUAGAGUGGAAAAUAUGAAGAGGGAAGUAAGCAUCCAUCGAAAAACAUCAUUCAUACAACUGGACAGUCACCCAAGCUCUUUAUAUCUGUCUCAGCCAGUAGCAGAAAAUCAUCCUGGAAGGGACUGUGUCACACUACAGUUAGAAGAAAAAGAACUACAAAAUAUUGCUCUAGCUCAAGAAAUCCAUUUAAACGCUCCAUAUAAAAAAGUUGCAACCUGGAGAUUAGAAAAGUAUCAAACUGGAAAAACCAAUAGUUGCAGAGAAAAGGCAUCUCCAGAGAUCAAAGGUUUCCCUGAGCCACCAAAAAGUAUUUUACCUGGAAGCAAAGAUAAAGUAAAGGAAUUGUCACCCUCAAGAAAUGCAAAAACUAACAGAAUUAGUGGAGGUAACUGUGAAGAAGAUCUUAUACUGAACAGAUCUUCUAUAACACAAGAUUUGCUGCUAUCCCUUCCUUUGAUGUCAGAGGGAAAAUACAGUCAGCCCACUGAAAAAUAUUUGAGGAGUGAACGACAUCUAAAAUCCUUGAGCCGACACCGACCACGCCUUGCUACUUUACUGACUACAAAAGGGCCCAACAAAACAAUUUUAAUGAAACAUUCUGAAGAUGAUGAAACAUCCGGGUCUCUACUGCAAAGCAGGCCAAAAAUGCCAACAAGAAACCUGCUUUGCCAGAGUGAAAGCAAUUUUUUUCCUAAGAGAUGUAAAAGUGACAGACCUUCAGGGCAAGAUCUUCCAAACACAACUGAGAGGAUUUCUUUUCAUGCGUAACAAGAGAUGCCGUUUCUUUUGGUUUCAGACUACCCAGUAGUGACACCAUCUGAGCGUCCUGCUUUAUCUCUAUAGACAUCGGACUGGGAAGAUGUUACAGGCAGAGCAGUUGCACUUUUACAAGAUUGAACUAUUGGAUACAAACUAGAACAUCUGGGAGGGAGGUGGCUGUGAUUAAUAUAAACAAAAGUAAAAUAUGAUCUGAUUUAUUUAUUUUUAUUGCUAGCCAAUUGCACAGGGAAGCAAGUUGAAUCAUUUCAUUUCUAAAUAUAAUAAUUCAAGAAAAUGGUCUGGAAAAAUUGAAAUGGGAAUUGGGUUUCUCAGGGCUGAAUCAUAUUAAACAAGGGUAGGAUUUUCAUUCUAUAAGGUGUUCAAUCUUAAAAGAAAAAAAGUAUAAACUUGAAUGGUUUCUCUUUGGCGUUUGUCUUAACGGAUAAGAAUGCAAUUGAGGAAAUAAGGUUACUUUUUCAAUUUGGGGCUGCUGUCAUUAACUCCAUGUUUCUUACAAAGAGGCAAAAUAUACAUUGCUGUAUAUAAAUGUUUUGGACAAUCCUUAUAAUUGACUAUUCCCAGUUUCCAAUUAACUCCAGCUUAAUUAUGUCAAAUCUACAAAUAACUGCCACGUGACCAAUUUUGUAUUGGAAGACACCAGUUUUUGCUGUUCUGCAGUAAAUUCCAAGUAUGUUUGAUAAUUAUGUGUACCUGCCAACUGAUGGAUACAGUGAACCAAAAUCCCAUCCAUGAAAACUUAUGUUCUAAUACUUAUAGUUGCUUAUAAACCACAUUCUUAAUUUUUGUAAUCUGCUAAGGCAAUGAUGAUAAUAUUAUGCAUUCAGUCAA